AUGGCCCCCUCCGGUAAGGGCCCUGACGCCGAGCAGCACCAUGGCGCUGUCUUCUCCGUCUCCGGUCCCGUCGUCGUGGCCGAGAACAUGAUCGGUUGUGCCAUGUACGAACUGGUACCUGGUUUGACGGUUGGCGACCCUGUUAUGCGGACCGGGAAACCCCUGUCAGUCGAGCUGGGCCCCGGUUUGAUGGAAACGAUCUACGACGGUAUUCAACGCCCCCUGAAGGAUAUUUCCGAGGAAUCCGGAAGCAUCUACAUUCCUCGCGGUAUUUCGGUGAACGCUUUGGAUCGUAAGAAGAAGUGGGACUUCAAGCCUGGCCAGUACAAGGUGGGCGACCACAUCACCGGUGGUGAUAUCUGGGGUACUGUGUUCGAGAACAGCUUGGUACACGACCACAAGAUCCUCCUGCCGCCUCGAGCUCGGGGUACCAUCACCCGCCUCGCCCCCGCCGGUAGUUACACGGUCGAAGAGAAGCUGUUGGAGAUCGAAUUCGAUGGCAAGAAGUCGGAAUACGGGAUGAUGCACACCUGGCCCGUCCGUGUUCCUCGCCCGGUCAACGAGAAGCUCCCGUCCGACGCCCCCUUCAUCGUCGGUCAGCGUGUCUUGGACUCUCUUUUCCCUAGUGUGCAGGGUGGUACCGUCUGUAUUCCCGGUGCGUUCGGUUGCGGCAAGACUGUCAUUUCCCAGAGUGUGUCCAAGUUCUCCAACAGUGAUAUCAUCGUCUACGUUGGAUGUGGUGAGCGCGGUAAUGAGAUGGCCGAAGUGUUGAUGGACUUUCCCGAGCUCUCGAUCGACGUCGAGGGCCGCAAGGAACCCAUCAUGAAGCGUACGUGCUUGAUCGCCAACACCUCCAACAUGCCUGUCGCCGCCCGUGAAGCCUCCAUCUACACCGGUAUUACGAUCGCCGAGUACUUCCGUGACCAGGGUAAGAACGUGGCUAUGAUGGCGGAUUCCAGUUCCCGGUGGGCUGAGGCACUGCGUGAAAUCUCGGGUCGUCUGGGAGAGAUGCCUGCCGAUCAGGGUUUCCCUGCUUAUCUCGGAGCGAAGCUGGCCUCGUUCUACGAACGUGCGGGUAAGAGUGUCGCGUUGGGAAGCCCCGAGAGAAAUGGUAGUGUCAGUAUCGUCGGUGCCGUCAGUCCCCCCGGUGGUGACUUCUCCGACCCCGUCACCAGCAGUACUCUGAGUAUUGUCCAGGUGUUCUGGGGUCUUGACAAGAAGCUGGCGCAGCGGAAGCACUUCCCGUCGAUCAACACUUCGAUCUCCUACAGUAAAUACACCACCGUCCUCGACCGGUACUACGAGAAGCACCAUCCGGAGUUCCCCCGCCUGCGCGACCAGAUCCGAGAGCUCCUCACUAAGUCUGAGGAUCUGGACCAGGUCGUGCAGCUGGUGGGUAAGGCGGCGCUGGGAGAUUCGGAUAAGAUUACGCUGGACGUGGCGGCUAUGGUGAAGGAUGAUUUCCUGCAGCAGAACGGAUACAGUGAUUACGACCAGUUCUGCCCUCUGUGGAAGACGGAGUACAUGAUGAAGGCGUUCAUGGGAUACCAUGAUGAGGCGCAGAAGGCGGUUGCGCAGGGCCAGAACUGGGUGCGGGUGCGUGAUGCCACCAGCGACAUCCAGACGGCGCUGCGUGGGAUGAAGUUCGAGGUGCCCGAGAACGAGGGUGAAGUAUCCGCGAAGGUAUGUUAUGUUCCUUCCCUAACCUUACGAGAAAUACUGACGAUUCGUAGUAUGAGAAGAUUCUCCAGAGCAUGUCGGAGCGGUUUGCCUCGGUUUCGGAUGAGUAGAGGUGAUGGGGGUGUGAGUCUGUAG